CUGUAGGGUCUGGGACUGUUCCACAGGGACUGGGGAUGUUCUUUAGGGUUUGGGGCUGUUCUGUAGGGUUUGGGGCUGAUCUGUAGGGUUUGGGCUGUUCUGUAGGGUUUGGGGCUGAUCUGUAGGGUUUGGGGCUGUUCCAUAGGGACUGCCCUGGACACUCAGGGCAGGGACCCAUGUGGGGGUCCUGUUGCUCCCCCCACACCUGGGGGCCUCCCCCAGAGAUCUCCCCAGCGCAGCACCCGCUCCCAAGGACAGAAUUUUGGGAUGUUCCAGCGCAGCCCCAUGUUUUGGGAUACUGGUGGGGGUGACAACACCGUCCUGGGGAGGGCCUGGAGGGUCCCGCGGCCGUGUCACAGGUGGGGCACCCCGUGACCCUUCCCCCUCUCCCUUCAGGGGAGAUAAAAGAGGCAAAACCUUGGGAAAACGCCAGCUCAGAGCUGCCCUGCGCCCCAGGAGCUCUUUGUAGGUCACAGUCGUGUUCUUUGCUACUGCAAACCGCAGCAGAAUCCCUCCCUGCCUCCCUCCCGGCGGCGUGAGAACCUGGAGUUCCGAGAACCUGCGUUUCGGAGAGCCUGCAUUUCCCAGGGAUUCCGGCCAGCCAGGGAAUCUCCCACCCUGAGCUCAUCAGCCCCCGGCAAUUAACGAAUUAACAGCCGCUGAUGAACGCGGGGUCCUGGCGGGGGGAGGGAGCUUUGCCAGGGACAACCUGGGCACUCCUGGUGCCACCCCAGGAGCCUCCCCAGGUGCGGAGAGCUCUCCCAGGGACACCUGGGCACUCCUGGUGCCACCCCAGGAGCCUCCCCAGGUGCGGAGAGCUCUCCCAGGGACACCUGGGCACUCCUGGUGCCACCCCAGGAGCCUCCCCAGGUGCGGAGAGCUCUCCCAGGGACACCUGGGCACUCCUGGUGCCACCCCAGGAGCUUCCCCAGGUGCGGAGAGCUCUCCCAGGGACACCUGGGCACUCCUGGUGCCACCCCAGGAGCCUCCCCAGGUGCGGAGAGCUCUCCCAGGGACACCUGGGCACGGCUGGUGCCACCCCAGGAGCUUCCCCAGGUGCGGAGAGCUCUCCCAGGGACAACCUGGGCACUCCUGGUGCCACCCCAGGAGCUUCCCCAGGUGCGGAGAGCUCUCCCAGGGACACCUGGGCACUCCUGGUGCCACCCCAGGAGCCUCCCCGAGGUUUGCCCGCAGGAUCAGCGCCGUGCCCGGCUCUCGGCGGAGCUGGAACGCGUCCCCUUGUCACCUUUUGGUGCCUCCAGAGACGGAAACUCCCCCGAAAAGGCCCGAGGAGGGGGGAAAGGACCGCGGGGGAGGAGGGUUGGCAGCCAGACCUUUCUUUGGGCCUUUGUCUGAGCCCACAAAGGCGGCUCUGUCGGGUGAACCUGGCCGAGCAUCCGCCAGGUGAGCUCCGGGGGCAGCGGGGCCACCGCGGGGCUGCAGCUCCCGCUCCCGGCAGAGUCCCCUGGUGGCCCGAAAAGUCCGAUUUUUCAAAAGAAAAUCUGCAGGAUUUUCUUCUGCUGGGCAGGGGGAGGCUGCACCCGGAGGUCUCCGGAGUCGCUCUCCUGCUCCCGGCGAUGCCCCAGUUCACCUUCGCCUGUUUCUGCGGCCUCCACGGCUUCUGCAAGAUGAAGAGGAAGAAGGAGGAGGCCGGCGGGGGGCAGGAGACGGCCGUGUGAGGGGCGGCCCCUCCGGGACCCCUCGUGUCCCCUCGGCUCCCCGGGGCACAGCCGGACCCCGCCCUGCCCUUACCGGGGAUGUCACCCAGGUGUCACCGCCACCCUGCCGGGACACCCCGCGCCUCCCUCACCCCGCGGGGAGCCACAAUUCCCCCCCGACCCGCCCAGCUCCAGCAAUUCCCAGCACACGGAGGCGGAAAAAUCCCAAAAACCGGCUCAGAGCUGGACGCUGCAAGCGGGAUCCUGCUGGAAUUCCUACAAAUCCCGGCUCCACGGAUUCCUGGGGUUCGUGGAAGGAGCUUCCAGCUCCUCGGGAAGGCAGAAAGAUGAAUUUGUUCCCAGCAGCAAUAAUCCUUUUUUAACCUCAGCACAGCCAGGAAAGGAUCCAGCUUCCCUCAGAGCUGCCCUGCUCACAUUCCCACCGGGAAUUUGGGAAUUUGGGCAAUUCCUGCAUUCUGGUGGCAGCCAAGAGAUAAAAAAUCCCAAAACACCC